AGCCGCCGCCAAGAUGCCCCGGCCCGCGGGCCGCUCCGCCGCCAGCCACCCCCGCAGCCCCUGGCGGCGGGCGCUCACUGCAGAGGCGCGGGAACCUCAGCCGGAGCCGGAGGCGGGAGCAGAGAGCUGGAGCCUCGGGCGCCCGAAUGCUGGCUGCUUGUGGUCCCUGGCACCACCGAGCCCCCACAUGUGAGGGCUGCUGCAUUGCGAGGAGGAAGAGGAGGAGGAGGAGGAGGAGGGAGGAUGCCACAGCCACUCACCAGCUCCGGUCUGCACCAUGAGUGAUGAGCGGCGGCUGCCUGGCAGUGCGGUAGGCUGGCUGGCAUGUGGAGGCCUGUCGCUGCUGGCCAACGCCUGGGGCAUCCUCAGCGUGGGUGCCAAGCAGAGGAAGUGGAAGCCUCUGGAGUUCUUGCUUUGCACGCUGGCGGCCACGCACAUGCUCAACGUGGCGGUGCCCAUUGCCACGUACGCUGUGGUGCAGCUGCGGAGGCAGCGCCCCGACUACGAGUGGAACGAGGGUCUCUGCAAGGUCUUCGUGUCCACCUUCUACACCCUCACCCUGGCCACCUGUUUCUCUGUCACCUCCAUCUCCUACCACCGCAUGUGGAUGGUCCGCUGGCCCGUCAACUACCGGCUGAGCAAUGCCAAGAAGCAGGCGGUGCACACAGUCAUGGGCAUCUGGAUGGUGUCCUUCAUCCUGUCCGCCCUUCCUGCCGUUGGCUGGCACGACACCAGCGCGCGCUUCUACGCCCACGGCUGCCGCUUCAUCGUGGCUGAGAUCGGCCUUGGCUUCGGCGUCUGCUUCUUGCUGCUGGUGGGUGGCAGCGUGGCCAUGGGCGUGGUCUGCACAGCCAUUGCCCUCUUCCAGACACUGGCCACGCAGGCAGGGCACCGGGCUGACCGCCCCGCCUUCACUGUGCCCACCAUCGUGGUUGAGGACACACAGGGCAAGCGUCGCUCCUCCAUUGACGGCUCCGAGCCUGCCAAAACCUCGCUGCAGAUCACGGGCCUGGUGGCCACCAUCGUGGUCAUCUAUGACUGCCUCAUGGGCUUCCCUGUGCUGGUGGUGAGUUUCAGUAGCCUGCGGGCUGACGCCUCAGCACCCUGGAUGGUCCUCUGUGUCCUGUGGUGUUCUGUGGGCCAGGCCCUGCUGCUGCCCGUGUUCCUCUGGACCUGUGACCGCUACCGGGCAGACCUCAAGGCAGUCUGGGAGAAGUGCGUGGCCCUUAUGGCCAAUGAUGAGGACUCUGACAACGAGACCAGCCUAGAUGGCAGUAUCUCCCCCGACCUGGUACUGGAGCGCUCCCUUGACUACAGCUACGGAGGUGACUUCGUGGCCCUGGAGAGGGUGGCCAAGUAUGAGCUUUCUGCCCUGGAGGGAGGCUUACCCCAGCUCUACCCUCUGCGGUCACUGCAGGAGGAUCGGAUGCAGUAUCUGCAGGGCGCGGGGAGGCAUCAGUGCGGGUUUCCAGGAGGGCAGCCCCGUUUCAGCCCGGCCGGGUGCUCGCAGGUGCCGCCCACACGGCGGUUCUCCCACGAUGACGCCGACGUCUGGGCGGCCAUCCCGCUGCCCACCUUCCUGCCGCGCUGGAGCUCUGGCGAGGACCUGGCAGCCCUGGCACACCUAAUGCUGCCCGCGGGGCCCGACCGGCGGCGCGGGAGCCUGCUGGCUUUCGCCGAGGAUGCGCCCCCAUUCCGCCCGCGCCGUCGCUCGGCAGAGAGCCUGCUGUCCCUACAGCCUUCGUCCCUGGACGGCGGCCCGCGUGGCACCCACGACUCGCCUCCCGGCAGCCCGCGUCGCCGCCCGGGGCCCGGCACCCGCUCCGCCUCGGUCUCGCUGCUGCCGGACGCCUUCGCGCUGACCGCCUUCGAGCGCGAGCCGCAGGCCCUGCGUCGUCUGCCCGCCCCAGCGCGGCCCUUCCCCGCCGCCCACGACGGCACGGAGCCUGGCGAGGUCCCGACGCCCCCUAGCGGCCGUGCGCAACGCAGCCACGGACGCCGGGCCGCGCGCGCACACGCGGGGCCCCUGCAGACCGGCCUGAGCGCCUCGUGGGGCGAGCCCGGAGGCUUGCACGCGGCGGGCGGCGGCAGCACCAGCAGCUUUCUGAGCUCGCCUUCCGAGUCCUCGGGCUAUGUCACGCUACACUCGGACUCGCUGGGCUCUGCGUCCUAGGGCCCUCCCUGGUCCUGCCCGGAGACGCCAUGUAGACGGCGUUGGCACAGCACCAAAGAUGCCACCGCAUGUGUUAGGCGCGUGGACAAGUGCCACCCACCCUAGGGGUGGAUGGAUGGUGGACUCUGCGCCCCUUUUACGGUUCCUUCCUUCUGAUAUCGCGGGGAGGGGCAACGGCUGCACAGGACACUGAGCUGCUCUGGGGUCAUCUCCCAGGAAGGGACAGGCUGUGACUUUGUAGUGAGUGGCGCCUGCACGUUUAGCACACCUCCCGCAGCCCUCUGAGGCUAGGCUGGGGUGUAUAGGGGACCCUGCGACCCAACCGCCAUGAGAAAGGACGAAGUCCCUUCUCGGAAAAGCUUAAGCCAGAAGCUCCUAGACAGCAUCCAUCUUUACUCGCGCUGCACCCGCUUCAUCUCAAGGGUGUGGCAUGGAAGACAUCUGCAAGCACAGGGGGUCUUCAGAGCCGGGACAAGGUCAACUGAGCAGGCGUCCCUGAGACCUGCCUCGGUUUCCCUGUCUCUGAUGAGUGGAUGACCAUGACACAUCUCUCAGGGCUGUUUGGACACCCCACCCACCCACCGUCCUUGAAUGGCCCAGGCGUGAGAGGUAGCCUAGGGCCGUUUGUGAGGGUCAGCCUUCAGCGCAUGGCCCCCAGAUCUGAGGUCUCGAUGACCCUUACCCUCUUGGAGACUCCCCUCAGCUAAAGCACAACACCACCAUGGGUAUAACAGUCACCUUGACCCCCCACUAGCGUCCCCAUGCUCGAGACUCCACCACACCGCCCGUCUCCCACUGUAUCCGCCCCUUCCGUGAUCCUGCCGCGGAGGCUUGUGGGUACCUGGUGCAGGGAGCUAAAGCAAAUGGAAGCGGGCUCGCUGUCUCGGUGCCCAUCUCCAGCUUUGCCUCUCACCCACACAGACAGAGGCCCCACAGAGGUGUCCUGUACCCCUCCUCCUCCGCAAAGAAGGGCUUUGCUCUCUCCCGCCUAGUAGACCUCUCUCCGGGCUUGGGCUGCGCCGGGGACAUAGCUCUUCCCAGGAGAUACCCGGGCUGGGGGUGGGGUAGCACUGCCAGGGCACAGCAGAGCCUCUGUGCUGGGACCUGGAGAUGGCCCCGAGGCCAGCACAGAGCAGCCUGUGCCCCGUUCUCCUUGCCCAACGGCCAGGCCCGUCUCCUCUCCCUCUCCUCUCCCUCUCCAGAGGGAGUUCCGAGUCCAGUUGGGCGUGGGGUGGGUGUCUGCUCUAUCCUGCAGGUCUCAGAGGUCCCUGUAGUGCCUGGUUUGUGGGCUACGUGAAAGAUGAGCUGCCCCAGGUGACUGGGGCAGGGACUGCAGUCCGUCCAUCCCUGGCUAUCUGCUGCUGUGCCUUCCGGGACUGAUGUCAUGUGGGGGCAGGGGCCACUGUCUCCCUCACUGGCCUCAAACCGUCACUUUAUCACCUUGGGUUUUCACUCUGUUUUGUAUCCAAUGGCAAUACUUGUAUGGGCACAUAGUCCUCUAAGUCACUCCUACUUUUUACAGAACUUUGAGGGCAAACCCCAAGCAGAGGACCCUAGGCGCCCAGGGCUCUUUCUCCCUGUUUGCUGACGCCUGUUAGGACUUUACUGGUAAGAGUGCUACCCAUAUGAACCCACCCAGCCCAGAGUCAGGGAUUUGUUUGUAGACUUUUGAAAAACAGCAUUUCUCUUCUGUACAGGACCCAAUAAAAACUUCCUCGUGGUUUGCA